CUCCCCCCUCGGCCCGGAGCGGUCGCCGCUCCCCCCUCGGCCCGGAGCGGUCGCCGCUCCCCCCUCGGCCCGGAGCGGUCACCGCUCCCCUCAGCCCGGCGGGCAGGGCUCGGCGGCAGGACCGGCAUCGCCUCGGUGUGUGCCCAGAGCCACCCCCGCUGCCGGGUCACAGACCAGGAACAGAGAUACAGCCAAAAAUGGACAUUGAAAAGGUGCAGAAGAAUCAGUGUGAGAUGAAAACAGAUCUGAACUUACUGCUUGAAUGCCUCAAAUAUCAGAUGGACUGCCCUCUGUCUCAGAAGGAAGCUUUGAUCACUAUUUACUCCAUUUGUCAACAAAACAGUGAAGCAAGUGAAUAUUUUCGAGAAAUUGGAGGUUUGAUGUUUAUAAGUGACCUUGCAAAGUCAAGUGCUCACUGCGUGGUGAAGGAAGCAGCUUUGUUUACACUGGGGAUUAUUAUAGAGAGUAAUGUGUACUGUCAACAGACUUUGUGUACUUCUGCAUUGUUUGAAGACCUCAUUUUAUUUUUAAUUAAUAAGGAUUCUGGUGUGAACUUGAAAAGAAUGUCUGUUUAUGUCAUCUUAGUACUGGUUUCAAAUAAUAAAAACGGGCAAACCCACGUCAGAGACACGGGCUGCAUCAGCCUGCUGCUGCAGCUGUUCAGAACAACCCUGCUGACGGCGGGCACGGCGCUGUCGGAGGCGGCCGGCGAGCAGCGCUACCAGCUGUGGAGCUCGGUGUGCAGCGCUCUCUGUGCCUGCGUCAACAACCCCCAGAACGAGGAUAACCAAAACAUUUGCUGCUCGGUGUUCCCCUACGCCAAGGAGUGGCUCGAGAGCUGCACGGAGCCCGACAUAGUUCGUCCCAUCUGUUCGUUUCUUGGGCUCACAGUUGCAAAUAACUCAUAUGUGCAGAAAUAUUUUGUUUCCAUUGGAGGAUUGGAUACAUUAGCUAAGGUUCUCCUUGAGCUCAUGCACGACUCCUGCUUGAGCCACUCUGGCACAAAACUUGCAGUAGUUGUAACCAAGACUCUGGAUGCCUGCAUUGCCAAUAACUCUGCCAUGGGGGUUGUCUUGGCCAAGUAUCACACCGUGUCCGAGCUGCUGAAGCUGCUGUGCCAUGAGACCCUGAACACAGGAGAGAAAAUCAGCAUUAUUCUGACAAUUGGACACUGUACUGAAGUCUGUGAAGAAAACCAGUGUGAGCUGCUCCAGAACAAUGGCCUUCCACUGAUGAUUCAGGUGCUGACAGAAUCUCAGGACGAGGAGCUGAUCAAAGCUGCUACUUUCGUGCUGCAAAACUGCAAACAGAUGACUGAACAGUUGUCUCUGAAAAUAAAUGAUAAUUCAUUGAGUGUGAGCAAUGAAGAAGAAGAGGAUGUGCAAGUCAGGAAGAGAAGUCUACAAGACUACUGGAAGAAAGCAGGGGAGAUUUUACACAGAAUAAACCUGAUUGAACAAGAACAUGCUGAGGAAGGAGUGCAAGGCGGAGUGUUUGUGGAUGGACCCUCAGCAGGCAAUCCUGAAGCAAUGGAAUCCCAUAAGGUGAAUCCUGCUGAUCCAAAAAUGUACCUACAAAGAGCACAUAAAGAACAUCACAGCCCACAGCUGGCCUUGGAGUUGGAUGAUCAGGUUCUUGCUCCAUCUGUAAAUUGUCCUCCAAGAAAAAGUGAAGCAGUGAACACUGUGCGUGCAGCUUCUGCUGGACAGAGUGGGCAGAGCAAUAUUCCGUGUUCAGGGAAUGAACUGCAAACAGACAGAGCACUUCAGAGUCACAGUGUGAAUGACAAAGCUGCCUGUGGGAAACAUCAGUCUGUUCCUCAGGCAAGUGAACAGUUAUUUCAACAAUCAGCAGAGCCUGUUAGAAACCGGACACAGCCAUGCCCAGCAGAUCAAAAUUCAUCCUCCUCAGAGAUCACCAGGAAACACAAGAGAACUUCAGCACCAUCUUCAUCCCAUAACAUGGCAGAUUUAAGGUGUUCAGGUUGUGUAGCAGGAGGACUGUCCUUCAACAGCAGAACCUUCACCAAGAUGUUGCAAAGUUGUCUGCACCCGUGUGACCAUCACAGAGUCAUCCUGGAGGCUGAGGAGAGAUACAGGAGGGAGCUUCGGGAGCGGGCUGAUGGCAACAGCAGCAGAUACAGGAGCCAGGACAAAAUAGUGCUGACCCCGCUGAACAAAGGCAGGUUGCACACAGAAAUAUCAACAUUUAGGAGCAAAAAGGACAGUUUCCAAAGUAUUCUUUUGACUCCAAGCAGAAAACCCAAGCCUAAGACUUCAAACAGAGAUGAACACCAUAAAAAUAUCAGGUGGACUGGCAACUAUAACUUGACACCUGCCUAUGAGAAGUCUUUCCAAAAAACCCAAGAUGCCAACUUGAGGAGACAAAAAGUCAAAGAAAUGUGCAGCCAGAAAUGUCAGCACUUCCAAGGAAAUUGCAUCCAUGCACUUGACAGAGAUGAGAGCAGUGAAAUACGUCCCCUGGACAUGAACACGAGAACCUUGAACAAGAGAGGAAGAAGAACCCGAAAAGAUUUCACAACUGAAGAAAUUAACUGUCUUUUGAAUGGAGUGAAGGAAAUGGGUAAUCACUGGAAUUUAAUUUUGUGGUCUUACCCAUUUCAGAAAGGACGGACAAGUGUUGAUCUUUCCAAGAAGUACUACAGGUUACAGAAGCAGAUGAAAAAAAAGCCCCAAAGAUCAUCAGUGAUGAUGUCAUAGAGUACCUGGAGUUUGCUGCAGAAUAGUGAAGAACAGCCUUUAGAGCAGCAAGAAGAACAUAAGCCCUUGGAGAUUUAGGUUGGCUUGGACUCCUGCUUUCCAGGGAUAACUGAACAUUUCAUUUACUCUAAUUUGACAGUUUCUUUUAUACAUAGGCAACAAAAUGCUUAUCAAAUUUUUUUUUUAAACUUAAUUUAACCUUCUUGAGCAUUUGACACAUGUAAGUUCUGAUUUAACUUUUUGUAGUUUGCCUUACCCUUUGUAUGAAAUGGCUACUGUUUAUGUCUAAAACUGGUAAGUGUUAAUGUUGUGUCUGAAUUUGUUUUCUCUUAGUAAGUGAAAGGUUUAAAGCAGGUAAAAUACUUUGCCAUGUUUUCAAUGUGCUGUACGUGCAGAAAAAUGUAUCUGUGCCAGGAAACCCUGGUAAAACACUGCUACAUGUAGGAGGCAAAUCUUUGUUGCAGUAAGUACUCACUGCUGAACUCAGCAGGUAAUGAUAAAAUCUGCCUUCUGUUCACACUUGGACAAUUUUUGGUGUACUAUUCAGGUAAGUGAGCAGAACCCCCAUCUCUGCUAAUGACACAACUUUUACAGUGAAAGCCUUAGUAACUUGAUUUUUCAGUGCUAGCCUUAGUAUUUCAUUUGUAU